AUGGCAGACACAUACGCCAAUAACCCGGAAUGGUCAGACGUGACCCCAAUCCCUCUGGACGAUGGCUCAGAAUCCGGGGCCAUGCCACUGGCCACCAUCGCCUACCCGGACGAGUACCUCGAUGCGACAUCGUACCUGCGAGCCGUGAUGGCUGCGAACGAGAUGUCGGAGCGGGCAUUGAAGUUGACAGAAAACGUCAUUUCCAUGAACCCAGCGCACUACACCGUCUGGAUCUACCGCGCCAGAAUUCUCUUCGCCCUGGACAAAGACCUCCUCGAAGAACUGGAAUGGCUAAACGGCAUCUCCCUAAAAUACCUAAAGAACUACCAAAUCUGGUCCCACCGCCAAAUCCUCAUGGCCUCAGAAACCCACUUUUCAACACUCCCGCCCAAAGAACUGGACUUCUUAAUGGAAAUGUUUGCCCAGGACUCCAAAAACUACCACGUCUGGACAUACCGCCACUGGCUAGUCCGGCGCUUCGGACUCUGGGAUCUCCCCCGGGAACUCGAAGACGUGGACGCGCUGCUCAAAGCUGAUGUACGCAAUAACUCCGCCUGGAACCAUCGGUACAUGCUUCGUUUCGGUCCGCGUGCGGAUAAGCCUGAUGGCGGAAUGGUGGCUGCUGGGACGGGCAAGGUCCCGGGCGUGCACGACGUUGUGGAUGAGGACGUUGUUGAUUCGGAGCUUGAGGUUGCGAAGAAGGCUAUUCUUAAGGCGCCGGAGAAUCGGAGUCCGUGGUGGUAUGCACGGGGUGUGUUGAGGGCUGCUAGUAGGGAGCUAGGGGAGUGGGAGGAGUUUGCGGGGUUAUUUGUCAAAGGGGAGGUUAAGAGUACGCAUGCUGUCGAAUGGUUGGCUGAUGUUUAUGCGAAGGAACGGGCGGAGGAGGCCGUUGGUAUGUUGACUAUGUUGAAAGAGAAGUAUGAUCCUGUGCGGAAGAAUUAUUGGGAUUAUAGGAUUAAGAUGCUGGGUCAGGUUGCUUGA